AAUAACAACGUGGUUUCUAUUUAGAUGUGCUACAAUUUCUUCCUUGGAUCCUGGAAGAACAGAAUCUUUCUUCUGUGGGUCAAUGAAUGGGAGAUAUGUGACUGUCACCAUUCCAGGGAGAAAGAAAUUCCUAACUUUCUGUGAAGUGCAAGUCUUUGGCAAACUAGCUCCUUUUCUUCCUCAUGUCUUGCCAAGACCCCUAAAUGACCUUCACAGACCCCUUGGUGUCAAUAUAGCAUUAGGGAAAAUUUCUUACCAGUACAGCACUUUCCACCCCCUUGGUUCAUCUGACAAAGCCAUUGAUAGGAAUGAAGCCAGUGAUUUCUACAAAAAUUCUUGUACUCACACAAGUGAUGAUUUUGAACCCUGGUGGGUAGUAGACCUAACUUCAAAAUUCAUCGUGGAUAAUAUUAUGAUCAUCCCUAGAGGAGACAGUUGCACGGGAAUGACUGCAAAAUAUGAAAUUAGGUUUGGAGAUUCAAAAGAGAAUGGUGGCAAAUCAAAUCCCAGUUUCAGUUAUUCAGAGAUUUUAGUAUUCCAUGAUUUACAGUAAUGCGACAAUACCAGAAGCAUAUUGGUAUUAAAAAGAUGGGUCUCCGUUUUGAUGAUAAGCUUGGGGGUCAUUAAAAGAACUUUGCAACUUCCCAAAGGUAAUCUAACCUACUUUCCUCCUCCUGUACAUUUCCAAGCCCAAUUUGGGACCCAUUUGUAGUUUCACAAACAUAUAAGUAUAUAAUUAAUUAUAUUAUAUAAUACGUAAUACAACAAUUAAAUCUGUAAUUACUAUUUUAUAUCUGUUAUAUGUGUGUGUAUAUAUAUAUAUGGAGACGUGCUGUGGGUUAUCCAUUCAACUGGAUAUCACAGUCUAGAACAUUGGCAUUCCUCAUCUACUUGGUUUUUCCUAUUCCUAUUUAGGCCAAAUUCUUUAGAAUGAUUAUGGAUGUCUUAGCUGUGUGACCCUAGGCAAGUCACUUAACCCCAACUGCCUCACAAAAUAAAAUUAUUAUGGAUCUCAUUUAAAAGACUCUGCAGUAUUUUAGGGCUUUUGCAUUAAAUAUAAUGCCAUCCAUAGGUAGGAGCAUCUAGAAGACUUCACCAUCUUUAGGGUAUUCCUCUUUAUAUGGAACCUAUUUUGGAUC